CAGGCGGCUGCCGAGCACUUUCUUUCCUCUCUGAGCAAGAUGGCUGGGGGUGAGGUUGGAGUGACUCUCGGGCAGCCACAUCUUUCCCGACAGGAUCUCGCCACAUUGGAUGUCACCAAGUUGACACCACUUUCACAUGAAGUUAUCAGCAGACAAGCUACAAUUAAUAUUGGUACAAUUGGUCAUGUAGCUCAUGGGAAGUCCACUGUGGUAAAGGCUAUUUCUGGAGUUCACACCGUCAGAUUCAAAAAUGAACUAGAAAGAAAUAUUACCAUCAAGCUUGGAUAUGCUAAUGCUAAGAUUUAUAAACUUGAUGACCCAAGUUGUCCUAGACCAGAAUGUUACAGGUCAUGCGGAAGUAGUACACCAGAUGAGUUUCCUACAGACAUUCCAGGGACCAAAGGGAACUUCAAACUAGUCAGGCACGUUUCCUUUGUUGACUGUCCUGGCCAUGAUAUUUUGAUGGCUACGAUGCUGAACGGCGCAGCAGUGAUGGACGCAGCUCUUCUGUUGAUAGCUGGUAAUGAAUCAUGUCCUCAGCCUCAGACUUCUGAACACCUGGCUGCCAUAGAAAUCAUGAAACUCAAGCAUAUUUUGAUCUUACAAAAUAAAAUUGAUCUGGUAAAAGAAAGUCAGGCUAAGGAACAAUAUGAGCAGAUUCUUGCAUUUGUACAAGGAACAGUAGCAGAAGGAGCACCAAUUAUUCCAAUUUCUGCUCAGCUGAAAUAUAAUAUUGAAGUUGUCUGUGAGUACAUAGUGAAGAAAAUACCAGUGCCCCCAAGAGACUUUACUUCAGAACCCCGUCUCAUUGUUAUCAGGUCAUUUGAUGUCAACAAACCUGGCUGUGAAGUUGAUGACCUUAAGGGAGGUGUAGCUGGUGGUAGUAUUCUAAAAGGAGUGUUAAAGGUAGGCCAGGAGAUAGAAGUGAGGCCUGGUAUUGUUUCCAAAGAUAGUGAAGGAAAACUCAUGUGUAAACCAAUCUUUUCCAAAAUUGUAUCACUUUUUGCGGAACAUAAUGAUCUUCAGUAUGCUGCCCCAGGUGGCCUCAUUGGAGUUGGCACAAAGAUUGACCCCACUUUGUGCAGAGCUGACAGAAUGGUGGGACAAGUGCUUGGUGCAGUUGGAGCUUUGCCUGAAAUAUUCACAGAACUGGAAAUUUCCUAUUUCCUGCUUAGACGUCUUCUGGGCGUCCGAACUGAAGGAGACAAGAAAGCAGCAAAGGUCCAAAAGCUGUCUAAGAAUGAAGUGCUUAUGGUCAACAUAGGAUCCCUGUCAACGGGAGGAAGAGUCAGUGCCGUCAAGGCUGAUUUGGGCAAGAUUGUUUUGACUAAUCCUGUGUGCACAGAAGUAGGAGAAAAAAUUGCCCUUAGCCGAAGAGUUGAGAAACAUUGGCGUUUAAUUGGUUGGGGUCAGAUAAGAAGAGGAGUGACCAUUAAGCCAACUGUAGAUGAUGACUGAAGAAUCCAAGUUAAACAAUGCCUUGGGAUGGAAUUGGGAUUUCUUUUAAUGUCUAGGGGUAUAUUUUCAAAGCAAUACUAGGGAAUUAAUUUCGUAGCUCAUUACCUUAGUAGUAGCUGUAAGAAUAUUCUCAUUUUGGUGAUGAAUUUAACCUCAACUUCUAAUAUAGGGCCUACAAGUAAAUGUUAAAGUACAUACUAUAUUGGGUUAAAUCUACAUUUUAGCAGAAGUUAAACAUUCCAAAAUGAUGUCUGAUUUGUCAAUGAGUGAAAGUUUGAAGUGAAACUUCACUACAACCAGCCUUUGCUAUAGCACACAUAUCAUGAACCUCUCUAAAAUGAAAAUGGUCUCUUUUUUCAUGUUUUCAUCUGUGAGUGGCUCCAUGGUGAAGGACAGUUGUUGCUGUCAAAAACAAGGGCCCACACUUUCCGUGACCCACUCCCUUUAUUUGGUCUUCUGUUAUCUGAAAUUGGAAGGGAAGGAAGACCAGUGAGCUCAAAUGAGCGAGGCUCUUAGAAAUUGAGUGCUCAGUCCCUUGCCACAGGUGACCCUUUGCUCUUAGCUUUUUCCGGGAUGGGACCAGGACAAUCCAGCACCAGAAGGUCUCGCCCUCUUCCAGUGCCCUGAGACUGUGUCUUUCUUAUUUACGCCUAAAAAUCUCAGUCUUCCCUCACCAACAAAUAGUAUUAUAACGAUGGAUGAUAAAUGAUAGUUGACAAGGUUCUGUCCAGGUUGUGUUUUCUGGGGUCUUUGUUUUAGUAACAGAGUCUCCUGCAUGAUGAACAAGCACCCUACUGCUGACUACUGCCCCUAGCUGUAGUAGUUGGUAGGAUUAUGGUGUAAAUUAUGCUAUUAGUAAUCUUUGAGCCUUAGAAGAGAUAAAGACUGUUCAAAAGCAGAGUGUGUUGGUUCUAAGUCUAUCCCCCACGUGCCUGCAAUUUUCCUGUGCUGUGCUUUUGAAUUAAUCGUGAUUUUGCUUAAUUAGAUGUUCUGUUAGAGCAGUGAUUUCCAACUCUAGCUGUCAUGAGAAUUGCUGGGGAAUUAAAAAAAAAAAAAGGCCAGGCAGUGGUAGUGGUGGUAGUGCAUAACUUUAAUCCCAGCACUAUGGAGGCAGAGGCAGCUAGCCUGGUCUACAGAGUGAGUUCCAAGACGGCCAGGGCUACACAGAGAAAUCCUGUCUCUAAAAACUUGGCGGGGAGCAACUCCCCAGUGUUGAGAACGGAGUUUAAGGGGUUGAGAAAUACACAUACUGAAUGUCACUGGCUUUUGGUAGUUUGAUAUUUGAUACUCUUGUUUGCUUUUCUUUUGAUUUGCAUAAAAAUGGGAUUUAAUUCCACAAUUACUGUGUUGUGAUCUUUUGCAUACUGAAGCUGCCUUAUAGAGGUGUAGGACUGUGGCUGUGAGUUUUUAAGAGUUUUGAGGAAACUGUUGACGUUACGUAUUUGAUUGACUCUGAAGGGUUGUAUUGUAGCAUGAAGAACACAUUUAAAUAAAACAAGGUUCUGAGUCAAGCAUUAAUUUUAUAUCCAUGUGCCCAUGUGUUUUGUAGAUACUUUAUACUAGAAAUUCUGGUGUGAGACUGAAAAUAUUGAAUGGCUAAAGUAAUCUCACGUCAGAACUGGAACCAGAAUCUCUUAUCAUUCAUUUCAAGCAUCUGUGAAUAUCAGUUUUGCACAGCGCUGUGCUUCAUAUAGUGGCCAUACAGGUAUGAAAGCAAUGGACCUUGUCUCAAAAGUCACUUCAAGACAGGUAGUGGUUAUGCCCUUAAUCCCAGCACUCAGGAGGCAGAGCCAGGCGGAACUCUGUGAGUUCAAAGACGAGGCUGGCACCAAAACUAUACAGAGAAACCCUGUCUCAGGGAGGGGAAAAAAGUCAUUUCAAAUCAGUGCAGUGAUUCUCAGCAAAACAUGUACGUGAUUUAAAGUUAGUCGAAAAGGAUAAGGGUCAUGAAUAUGCCACCUAAAGCUCGAUUUCUAUGCUCUGUAUGUAACCACCAAGGAUGAGAUGUGUGCUAGUUUUUUACAGAGGAGUAGAACUAAUAAGUGCAAAUAACUGGAUUCAUAAAUCUCAUUUCUUUUUUUAAAAAAAGACUUCAUUUGGUGAUGCUUUCAAUGAAAUAGAUACUUUGGGGGCUUGUUCGUUUUUUUGGGUUUUUUUUUUUUUUGUAUUUUACUGAAAACAGAUAUACUUAAGAUUGAUGCUCAGGCCAAGCGUAGUGUCACAGGCCUAUAAUCUUAACACUGAGAAGAAUGUUGAGGCUGGAGGACUGAACUCAAGGCUGUGUAGGCAAAAUAACAUUAAAAAAAAAAAAAAAAAAAAAAAA